UGAGGAUGACCGCUAAAUCUGUUCCCAAUCAGUUAACCACAUCACUGCUAAACUCUCUCAAUCAAACUACUAUAAAAGAAGGCGAUACACAGUUUCUCUCCAUAACUACACAAAAAAGAAAAUCUACAUAGCCAACAAAGAGGAAACUAAUCAAUCAUGGCGGAAAAGGUGCUAACUGUGGCUCAGGAUGGUAGCGCUGAGUACAAGACGGUCCAAGAAGCAGUUGACGCAGUGCCCGAAAACAACGCUGAUCGGAUUGUUAUUCGGGUGGCGCCUGGGGUGUAUAAGCAACCCGUGUUUGUCCCCAAAAAUAAGGGUAUGAUUACUAUGAUUGGUUCGAGACCGGAGGACACUAUUCUCACCUGGGACAACACUGCCGCCAAAAUCGAGCACCACUUGGAUGCUGAGGUAAUUGGGAAAGGAACAUUUGGGUGUGGGACUGUGAUAGUGGGAGGGCAAGAUUUUAUUGCUGAGAAUAUGACAUUUGAGAACGCUGCUCCUGAGGGUUCACAUCAAGCUGUGGCAGUCAGGGUUUCAGGUGAUCGGUCCGCCUUCUAUAACUGUAGAUUUCUUGGUUGGCAGGAUACAUUGUAUUUGCAUCAAGGAAAGCAAUAUCUAAGAGAUUGCUACAUUGAAGGAGAUGUCGACUUCAUUUUUGGGAAUAGCACUGUCCUUUUUGAGCAUUGUCAUAUCCAUUGCAAGGCAGCAGGUUUUGUUACUGCUCAAAGCAGGAAAACUGCAGAGGAUACAACUGGUUUUGUUUUCUUGAGAUGUGUGAUUACAGGAAAUGGAGGACCUGCAUAUGCAUAUCUUGGACGUCCAUGGGGACCUUUUGGAAGGGUGCUCUUUGCAUACACACAUAUGGACGCAUGCAUCCACAAUGUAGGAUGGCAUAACUGGGACAAUACUGAGAAUGAGAAAACUGCUUGCUUUUAUGAGUACAGGUGUUUUGGACCAGGAUUUACCGCUGAUAAACGGGUGGAUUGGUCAAAGCAAUUGUCAAAUGAAGAAGCAGAAGCCUAUCUCAAGCAUGAAUUUGUUGAUCCUGAUCCACAACAGUCAUGGCUUGCCCAGAAAUUGGGCCAUAGGAUCCCACAUAAUGCUUAAAAGUUUUGAAGUCAGGUGAUGAAGUAUCUGACAACCAGAGAACAACCUUGAAUGCAAGCUUGCAGCAAACAAAUAGCCUGCUCUAAAUAAAAAAAAUCUCUGUGCUUUGUUUUUUCUUUCUUUUUCUUUUUUUUUGGAUGAAUCAUUCCAAGUUCUAAAUUUUUAGCUUAUGUAGCAUAAGCUUCUUGGUUUGAUUUGAUCCGAGUUCUGCUUUUGUUCUUCAUGUGUUAUGUGUUAAUGUAUUGAGAAUAUUUAUGAGAUAUAAUUUGAAGAGAAGUGAUUUUUUUAAUA